AACUAAGUGUAGCACAAAUUUCCACUGAUUAUAUUAUUACAAAAUUGUCUCGUUAAUUUCAGCAAGGAACGCGUGUCUGAUCUGCGGGCGGUCGUUCAACCGUCGCGGCCAUCUUGAGGACCACAUGCGCACGCACACCGGGGAGAAACCGUUCCAGUGCCCCGUCUGCUUCAGGAGCUUCACGCAAAAGGGCAGUAUGAGAUCACACAUGGUCACCGUGCACAGGGCGAUAGUGGACUCCUUCCAAUUGAAGUAUUUGUGCCCAUACUGUCUGAAGUGGUUCAACUAUAAGUCACAUUUCGACGCCCAUGUGAGAAUUCACACGGGGGAGAAACCAUAUGCUUUUAACGAAGUAAAACAUAUUUCUUUAUCAACGUUAAUUCUUGACAUUUGCUUAUUUUCAGAAGGCGGCUUGGAAUGCAACUUAUGCUCAAAGAACUUCCCGAGCAGGUUUGCCCUCCAGAUGCACACGAGAACUCACACGGGAGAGCGACCCUUUGAGUGCAAGGUGUGUGGGAAGAGGUUCUCACAGAAAGGUCACAUGAAAGGCCACAUGAUAACCCACAUCAAACUCUGAAUAUUAUCUAUAAUACCCAUUGAUCAGUCUGAUGUUUUUUACGCUGAAGAACAAUAGUACACCAGCUUAGCCCAGCUGUUCUAAACAUCAACCAUUUGUUAAUAAUAAACAUUGAUGAUGUUAAACACACAUAUAUUUGAUUUAAUACUUGAUUAAUAUAGUAAUGUUCAUUAUCAGCACAAAGUAUUAUUUUGUUCUUGUUUAACUUGUUAUAUUGUUCUACGGAUUUCAGCUUUUAUAAGGAUUUUUAUGAACGAGAAAAAAAGAGAAAUGUCUUUCCGAACUUUGACCAUGGUUGGUAAACGUUUCAACAACUGGGUAUUAUAUGUUUUCAGCUCACCAUGAGCACAACUUGCUCAUGGUGAGCUUUUGUGAUCGCCUUUUGUCCGUCGUCCGUCGUGCGUUGUGCGGCGUCAACAUUUGCCUUGUUAACUCUUUAGAGGCCACAUUUAUUGUCCAAUCUUCAUGAAACUUGGCCAGAAGAUUCAUCAAUAAUAUCUUGGACGAGUUCGAAAAUGAUUAUGUUUGCUUGAAAAACAUGGCUGCCAAGAGGCGGGGCAUUUUUCCUUAUAUGGCUAUAUAUGGCUAUAGUAAAAUCUUGUUAACACUCUAGAGGCCACAUUUAUUGUCUGAUCUUCAUGAAGCGUGGUCAAAAGAUUCAUCCCAAUAAUAUCUUGGACGAGUUCAAAAAUGAUGACGGUUGGUUGUAAAUCAUGGCCACCACGGGGGCGGGGCAUUUUUCCUUAUAUGGCUAUAGUAAAGCCUUGUUAACACUCUAGAGGUCACAUUUAUUUUCCGAUCAUCAUGAAACUUAGUCAGAAGAUUGGUCCCAAUGAUAUCUUGGAUGAGUUCGAAAAUGGUUUUGGUUGCUUAAAAAACAUGGCCACCAGGGGCGGGGAAUUUUUCCUUAUAUGGCUAUAUAUGGCUAUAGUAAAACCUGGUUAACACUCUAGAGGCCGCAUUUAUUGUCCAAUCUUCAUGAAACUUGGUCAGAAGAUUGGUCUCGAUGAUAUCUUGGAAAAAUUCAAAAAUAAUUAUGUUUGCUUGAAAAACAUGGCUUCCAAGGGGCGGGGUAUUUUUCCUGAUAUGGCUAUAGUAAAAUUGUGUUAACCCUCUAGAGGCCACAUUUACUGUCCUAUCUUCAUGAAACUUGGUCAGAAGAUUCAUCCCGAUAAUAUCUUGGAUGAGUUCAAAAAAGAUGCCGGUUGGUUGAAAAACAUGGCUGCCAGGGGGCGGGGCAUUAUUCCUUAUAUGGUAUAGUAAAACCUUGUAAACACUCUAGAGGCCACAUUUAUUUUCGUGUCUUCAUGAAACUUGGUCAGAAGAUUUGUCCCAAUCAUAUCUUGUUAUCUCAGGUGAGCGACUUUGGGCCUUUUAGGCCCUCUUGUUUCCAAUAACACUCAGACACUGAAUAACACCCAAUGAGCAGUUUGAUAACGUGUUCACUUAUGACUCAACUAAAUAUUUAAGAAUACGCAA